AUGGUUCUCAUUGAGAAUCAGGAAUACCUCUGCGAAGAGGAAAAGCGUCUCAAGCAAGACCGCGAACGCACCGCUUACUGGAAGCGAUGGGGGCCCUACGUUGCCGAACGACACCACGAUGGAGAUGCCUGGAGCCAUUUCACGCACGACAUGGCACGGUCACGCGCCUUCCGCUGGGGCGAGGACGGCAUUGCUGGCGUGUCCGACUCACACGGUUUCCAGAACAUCGCCUUUGCUUUCUGGAAUGAGAAGGAUGACUUCUUGAAGGAGCGCUUGUUCGGUCUGUCGAAUCCACAGGGCAACCACGGCGAGUCACUCAAGGAAUGCCAUUUCCAUCUGGACAAUACACCAACUCACUCGUACAUGAAAUUCCUCUACAAGCUGCCCCAGCGCAAGUUCCCCUACGAAGACCUCAUCAAGACCAACGGAAAGCGAACACGGCUCGAGAAGGAGUACAACCUCGUCGAUACUGGCGUCUUCGACGACGAUCGGUACUGGGAUAUCUUCAUUGAGACUGCUAAAGAGGCCGAUGACCCAGAAGAGCUGUGCUUUCGAGUCACAGCCUACAAUCGCGGACCAGAACCGGCUCCACUCCACAUAGUGCCUCACUGUUGGUUCAGGAAUACAUGGGCAUGGGGCCAUGAAGAUGCCAGUUUAAAGCCUUCCAUCACAAAAGUUGGCCCAACGACUGCUCAAUCAAAACACCACAAGCUCGGAGAACGCUACUUCCAGCUUUCGCCGUCUCCUGGCACAGGCCCAAGUGGCGACGAUAUCCAGCCAGAACUGCUUUUUACCGACAAUGACACAAACUACAAGGCACUGUGGAAGGUUGAGAACAAGACUCCAUAUGUCAAGGACGCUUUCCAUCGCCGCAUCGUAGAUGAGGAGAUGGAUGCUGUCAACCCCGACAACACUGGCACCAAAUGUGCAGCCUGGUACGCUUUCGACGAGGGCGAGGGUGUCCAACCCGGCGAGUGCGCUGUAGUCCGCUUCCGCUUCUCACGCAAGAAUGAGGGAUACCUUGACGAAGAGCUCUUCGACGACAUCAUUGAGCAACGCCGUGCCGAGGCUGACGAAUUCUACUACCGAAUAAGCCCCCUCCCAAUUGCCGACGAUUUGCGCAACAUCCAGCGUCAAGCCUUCUCUGGUAUGAUGUGGUGUAAACAAUACUACCACUUUGUUUGGGACCAGUGGGCGAACGGUGACCCUGGUAUGCCGCCACCUCCACCUGGCCGGAAGGCUAUACGAAACAAAGAGUGGAAGCACAUGUAUUUGGAUGACAUCCUCUCCAUGCCUGACUCCUGGGAAUACCCCUUCUUUGCUGCUUGGGAUAGCGCUUUCCACUGCAUUACCCUUGCCAUGAUCGACCCCGACUUCGCCAAGAAGCAGCUUGACCUCUUCACGCGCGAGUGGUACAUGCACCCCAACGGCCAGCUGCCAGCGUACGAAUGGAACUUUGGCGAUGUCAAUCCUCCGGUACAUGCCUGGUCGCUGUUCAGGGUGUUCAAGAUUGAGCGCAAGAUGUACGGGCGCGAGGACUUCGAUUGCCUCGAGCGUGUUUUCCAAAAGCUGUUGUUGAACUUUACUUGGUGGGUCAACCGAAAAGAUGCCGAUGGAAAGAACAUCUUCGAGGGCGGUUUCCUAGGUCUCGACAACAUUGGUGUCUUCAACCGUUCGGAUCCUUUGCCAACUGGUGGUGUCCUUGAGCAAGCUGACAGCACCGGUUGGAUGGGGUUCUAUUGCUUGAACAUGCUGAACAUUUGCCUUGAGCUUGCCAAGAGACGUCGCAUCUACGAAGACAUGGCUUCCAAGUUCUUCGAACACUUUCUCAUGAUCAGCGACGCCAUGCAAUUUCGCAGCGAGGGCGAGUCGAAGCCGCUGUGGAAUGAGGAGGACGGCUUCUACUAUGAUGCCAUCUCUUGGGGUGGACCAUGGAGUCACCAGAUGCCCGUUCGUUCUCUGGUAGGCCUCAUUCCUCUAUAUUCGACCAUGACGCUGGAGCCGGAAAUCAUGAACCGACUGCCCAGCUUCAAGAAGCGGGUGGAAUGGUUCAUUGCCAACCGUCCGGAGAAGUCGAAGCGCAACAUCCAUACACUAUCGAAACGCGGUCAAGGAAACCGCAUGCUCCUGUCACUCGUCAACGAAGACCGGCUGAAGCGGAUUAUGAAGAGAAUGUUGGAUGAGGAUGAGUUCUUCGCUGACCACGGUAUCCGAUCGCUAUCGAAAUACCACAAGGAUCAUCCUUAUUCCAUGGAUGUUAAUGGUCAGAAGUACGAAGUCGCCUACCUCCCCGGUGACUCAGACAGUGGCCUCUUCGGUGGCAACAGCAAUUGGCGAGGCCCCAUCUGGCUUGCCGUGAACUUCUUGCUCAUCGAAUCUUGUCAGCGCUUCCACCUCUACUACGGUAACACCCUCAAGGUGGAAUGCCCAACAGGCUCGGGCGACUACAUGCAUCUCGGUCACGUUGCAGAGGAAAUCCAACAUCGUCUCCAGCAUUUGUUUGCUCGCGGUGAUGACGGUAGAAGAGCCAUCAACGACGGCAACGAGAUGCUGGACUUUGAUCCAAACUGGAAAGACUACAUGUGGUAUCACGAAUUCUUCGACGGUGAUACCGGCCGUGGUUUGGGAGCAACGCAUCAGUGCGGCUGGACCGGUCUGAUUGCAAAGAUGAUUCACGACACUGGCAUGACUUGCCGCCUCCCACAAACGCCUCGCACGCCAACAGGUGCUGCAGACCAUUACUUCGACGAUGUAUUCACGGUCAAAGGUAAGGCAGCCAAGCGCCAUACUCUCCGCCGGUCAUCUACUAGCCGUAGUAUCGGCUUCCGAAGUGACUAUGGCGACAAUUCGACCAACGGCGAAGAAGAGGAGAGUGGAAGCCCAAUGAGGCGUAAGAACUCGGUCGGCAUACUGGAUCAAGAGGCCCUUGACCAAAAGUCAGCGAUGGAAGACCGCCUCAAUCACUACGUAAGCGGCCAGCUUCAACGUAUCAAGACCGGCAUGCAAGACUAUGAGCCGGAUGAGUUUGAGACCAUGGCAGAUGGCGCGUCGGAUUCGAGGCCUCAGAAUGGUCGUAGAAAUGGUCGUGGUCGUGAUCGGGACCAUGGCGACUACUUUGAGCAGGACCCUUAUUUCAGCAAGUGAUUAUGGAUGGAAGCCUCUCUGCUAUUACUGGUAAGUAGCAGCCCUAAGAAGUAUUACCCUUAGACCUAGAGUAGACCUAUGCAAAACAAGACUAUA